AUGUUCAAUAGGCGAGACAGGGCAUCGAGAGACCUUUCGUCCUCAUCUUCGAGCUUGUACGAAGCGUUCGGCAGCAAGGAAGAGGACGAGGAUCUUUCCUUGGUCAGGUCGUACCUGCAGCACGGCCAACGCGCCUCCAUCUCGUCCGAAGGCGCCUGGGAGCGGGAGCACAAGGAGAACAAUGACGAGCGGCAGCGGCGGCGCAGCGUGGCCCUCGAGCCGGGUUUCGCGCCCGCCUCCAUCUUCUCCUCGAGCAACAUCAGGCACGGUUCAUCCCCACCGAACUCGACCCGGCUGGAGGGGAUGCGCGACGACGUGGGCGGCUCUUCGGGUCCCGCGCAGCCGCUGCGCGUGUCCCAGUUGAUCGGCCACGACCAGGCGGGAGGUCCCGACCUGCGUGCCUCGGCGAUCAACGAGCAGGUGCAGUCGUUCCAGCAGAUCCUGGAGCAGGGACAACAGUCGCGCCUCACCCCGGCGCAGACCAACGUCAUCAGCAUCCACCUGGGCAACUUCGGUCAAAUGAUUUCCAAGCUCGAGCUGCUCAUCGACCAGCACAUCGACGAACCCGAGCGCUUGGGCACAUUGCUGAUGCUCCACGAGAGCAUCACCGACGCCAUCAAGGCCUACGAGGCCACCAUCGUCGCUCAGUACUCCGAUCCUGCGCAGGACGAAUUCGCGGGUUUCAGUUUUGACUACCACGCGUGGGAGGAGGACCAGCAACGGCAGCAGCACGAGGACACCAAGGAGGAGUCCGAAGAGGAGGACGAUCUGGACGAGGAGGACGAUGAAGACCACGAGGGCAAGGAGGAGAAGGAGUGCCUCAUUUGCAUGGACGACUUCUGGUGGCCGGGCAAGCGUGGAUACCAGCUGAAGUGUGGGUGUCUCUACUGCAAGGCCUGCCUCAGAGGCAACUACGACGUGCUGAUCAACGACGGCAAAGUGCUCAAACUGACUUGCCCCAACCCCACCUGCGCUGCUGCUGUGGAGGAGGACGAUCUCAAGAACAUCCUCACCAACAAGCAGUUCGUGAGGUACCAGCAGUUCUACCUGCUGGCCUCCCUCCGCAACGAUCCCACCGUGCGCUGGUGCCCCAAGAUUGGCUGUGAGACGGCAGCGCAUGGCUCAGAAGAAGAUUGCCACAUGAAGUGUUCAUCGUGCUCGACCGAGUUCUGUUGGAAGUGCAACUUGGAGUGGCACGAGGGAAUCACCUGCGAGCGAGCUAGACGCCAAGCGCAAAAGGGCAAGAAGAAGAUGACCCGUGCGGAGAGGAAGGCCGAGCGGUAUAUCAAGAAGAAAGCUCGACCCUGCCCGAAGUGCAAAACGCCCAUCCAGAAGAACGACGGGUGCAACCACAUGACGUGCCAGGGCUGUCGCUAUCAAUUCUGCUGGAUCUGUAUGGGCGAGUUCCAGAGCUACGACCACUUCUCGACUGGCAAGUGCAAGGGCCUCCAGAACUGGUCCUCCCACUGGACCAAGUACGGCGCCUACGCCGGCAUCGGCGUCGGAGUGGCCGCCGGCGUGGUCGUGGUCACGCCCAUCGUUAUCGGCCUGGGCAUCCCCGCGCUGGCCAUCGGUCUCCCGAUCUACGGCGCCUACAAGCUGGCCUCCUAA